AUGCUCAAUGGCGCUGGCGAGGCUUAUGAGGUUGUCGAGCGUCGACUCGACGCGACGCUCGCGCACGCUCGUCACACGCUAGCCGCCCUUCAGAAUCGGGGUGCCGAUGAGGCGACGUCGUCGAAGCGCCACGAGCCGCUGGAUAGUCUCAUCGGAAUAAAAUCGCGAAAAAAGUUGGCCGUCGAGCCGGAUAGGCAUUUCCCGGCGGCUUCGUUCGUGCCGUCCGCCGACAAUCCGAUCAUCGUGUCGUCGGCGACGUCGGACACGUCGACGUCAUCGCUGAAGACGGCCUCGUCGCGAUCGUCGCCGGCGACGACGGCGAAAUCGUCGUCGAAUUGCCGAGCGGCGUUCCGAUUCCCCGGCGUUCUACCACGCGUGUUCCACUCGUCCGACGGUCGCAUGACGAUGAUUCUCAAUAAAACGGCGAGCGGCGAGAAGAUCACCGCCUAUGCGAUCAAGAACGACAACGACGCAACGCCGAUUCCGUGCGACGACACCGUUUUUCCGGAGGUGCCGCAACAGUUGAACUCGAAGAACGGCAAGCGCUACGGCGAGCGCAACAAAUUCACAACGUCGCUUCUCAUCGGCACCCACAGUCUGACGAUAACCGGCCGCUUCAAGAAUCGCACGUUGACCGUCGACAAUCUUCAGCGAAUGUAUAUUAAUGGUGAAUGUGUGUGGGAUUGA